UACAUAUAUAUAUAUAUAUAUAUAUAGAGAGAGAGAGAGAGAGAGAAACUUUAGUUUUUGCCUUUAUACCUGACUUGCAUCAAUUAUCUGUUGUUGGUUGUUAAUUGCUCAGAGUCUCUGUUCUGGGAGGGGGUGCUUCUGUGGCUUCGUCAUUUCGAUGCGCGUGUCUCGUGUUGUUGUCCGUUGAUCUCUUUCUCUCUCUAGGCGGCGCCACCAAUCUCCGCCGUCAACGUGUCCCUCCUUCUGUUAUGAAGUUCGCCGGUGUUUCUUUCCUCCUCUUCUCUUCUUCAUCUUCAUCUUCAUCUUCGUAUUUGUAUUCAUGGAAUUCUCUUUUUCUUCUACCAGUGGUUUGUGGUGGUUUGAAUUUGAAGUUGGGCUUUAAUUUCAAUGGCGGAAGUCAACCAUCGCCGAUAUCUAUUUCCUUUAACCAGCUUGCAAAUUGGGGACUUGCAGUCUUAUCUUUCACAUCUUAGCCUUUUUCUAGCCCCUGAAAGUAAGAAGUUCUAUAUCUUGGUGGACAACAGACCAUGGCUCAAGGACCUUGGUCCACGGUCUGCACACUUGUGGCAAUUGAUGGUCACUAAGUCUAGGUUAUCCCCAUUUGCAAACACUAAAGCACGGAAAGAGAGAAAGGAAAAAGGGGAGUCGCUUGAUUUGAAGGCUAAUCCCAAAUCUACAACAAGUAAAUCAAAAAAGUUCAGAAGAUGGUUCUCAGUGAUUGAUGCUGCAACAUUAUCUCGGAAAAGGGCUUUGUUACCUGUAAAGAAGUUGAGGAAUUCUUUAACUUUCAAUGGCAAGUUGCAUAGGACCUUAUAUGGUUUUAUUGUUUUUGAAGUUGCAUGGUCUGAUGUUCGUGGCAUUAAUUAUUUGAAUGAACUUCAGACUGAUACAUCCCUGGCUAUAGAGGCUAUAUUCAUGAAAAGAUGGGAAUUUGAUAGUAUAGAACAAGCUGCAAAAUGCAUAUCUUCAUGGUUUUCAGGAACACACCAUGAACAACUUCUCUUGAAAGGAUAUUUGGAAUCUGCCAUAGGAGAUGUGUUCUAUGAUGCUCAGGAAAAUUUUCCAAAAGCCAGCAGUUUCGAUGAAAAUAUCUGCAAUGAUGAUGUGUGUGCUGGGGAUCAAUCUCCUUGCUAUCUUGAUAGCAGAUUUUAUUUGUAUUCUGCAAACAUGGAAAAUGGAUCAAGCACACCACACACACCGCACACACCACCUCCUCCUGACGGGCCUUAUAAGAGAAGAAAAGUUAUGAAGUCCACUAGUUCUGGAUUUGAUGUCGAUAUAUAUCCUGAAGAAACACAUGGUGAGACUGUUGAUUCACCAUUGCAUUCUCAGAACUCUUAUGUGAGUGAUUGUGAAGAUGCGGUUGAAGCUACCCAGUACAAGGAUGCUUUGAUACUGUUUCGGUUUGAUGAUCGUGACCUCCCAUUUACAUUGAAGGAAAUAAUUAUGUCUGAUUUGAGGAUACUUACUUUAUUGGAAUCUGGUCUUCCAUCGUGGGUUAUUUUCCUUCAAUCAUACCCAGUUUUUUGCCAUAUUUAUCGUCCAUGGAUGUGCCCACUGGCAAGAACUUUGUAUGUGCUGAUUUCUUUUGUAACUGUACUUAUUGGAUUUUAUGAUUUAUACAAAAAUGUCCCAGUCCUCAAGGCUACUGCAUCUCGCUUGUGUGGUCCUCUUCUUGAUUGGAUAGAAACUUGGGAGAUGGUAUCGAGGAUCAAGUACUUGGGGACAAUGUUAUUUCUACACAACUUCGAGAAGGCUGUUAAGUGGUUCCUGAUGUUCACACGCACCUUCCGGUCCUUUAUUUCAAUGCUCACACAGCCAAUGGCAGGACCACUUGUGGAGUGCUUGGAUUUUGCCCUUCCUUUUUGGAGUAUGUGUAUAGAAAUAGUGGAGAGCCUCUGUUCAGCCAUUUGGUUUGUGUUGGAUUCUUCAUUCAGUCUGGUAGAGAACAUUGUUGAGAUUGUAUUGUUGCCAGUGUGGUUCAUCCUAUCAUCUACUUGGACCGUUGCAAUGUCCAUAAUAUACCCUGUAUUCUGGAUCCUCAGUGAGAUACUCUUUGCUCCUGUUCGUGUGGUUGUUGCAGUGGCCAGUUUCUUGACCUUCAUCUUUACUUGCACACAUGAUUUUCUUCGAGACAUAUGGCAUUUUAUAAGUAGCGUAGUCAAGUUAGCUUCAAAUGCAGAGGCGACAGUGAGCUCGUAUGAGGUUUCUGUGUGGCGUUCACUUUGGAGUGACCUUUUCUCCCAGAUUUUUCGUGCUGUACGGAGUAUUUUAAAUGGUUUUGUUGCCUUCUUCACAGCUUGCAAUAGACACCGCCUUAGCAUUUAUAAUCAUUCCCAAGAGAUUAUCCGAAGGCUGUCUCGCCCAACCCAGGUAUUAAGACCUGCAGAUUCUAGUCAUAGAGGAACACGUGGAACCCAAAAUUUGUCAGAGACAGGUCCACAAGAAUUGAAGCCCGAUAAAAAGCGGAACUGACACCUGCACGGUGCAAACAAACCUAUUUCCAGUGGCAAAUACAUUCCCUUUGGCAUAAGAGAAAACUAAACGUGACCAAUACCAAUACAGUAGCAUGACCCAGAAUCUGACUUGUAGAUUGUACAGUGAUAUACAGAAGCAACUCUAGGUAGAGCACCGAAUUAACCCCCAAUUAGGAAGAGCUUUGUAUAUGUCUCCUAUUCGACUUGUGUUAGUUUGGCUGCAGAAAAUUUCUCUCCCGAACGCCUCCUUCCUUUCCAGAUGUUCCAUCUAGCAUUGGUUUUGUUGUAUUUAGUUAAUUGUCUUGUGUUGUUCUUUAAUAUGUGUUUUUUUAUAAUUAUUUUUAAGUUCAAAUUUUCUUUCAUACAGAGAGCAUAUGUACAUUUAGCCAGCUCAUGUAUAAAUUUUUUGAAUACUCAUAAAUCUGUUUGUUUGUGGCAAUUGUUGAAAACUAGUUGAGGUUAUACUUAUGCUGUUUGGAUUUUGGA